AUGGCGGCGACAACAACGACCACCGCUGAACCCGUGGGUUUAGCAGCGGCGGGAGAAGUGAGGGAUGUUACUCUGGAAGCCCCGACUAGUAACGCUGCUGCACCGUCGAAGGACCUCAAUGGACUGACCACCGGGCAAGACAAAGUUGUCACGCUCGUCGUCGAUUCCGCUCCACUUAUCAAAGGCACCCCGCUUUUCCACCUCGCCGAACGAUUCGUAACCAUUCCCGAAGUUCUCGCAGAAAUCCGCGAUAAGCGAGCCCGGCAGGGACUUACUACGCUGCCUUUCGACCUUGAGACCCGUGUGCCGUCGGAGGAGGCUGUGGCGGCAGUCGUUGCUUUCUCGAAAAAGACGGGAGACUUUGCGUCCCUGUCCGUGACGGAUAUGAAGGUGUUGGCUUUGACGUGGAUGCUGGAGAAGGAGGCGCGGGGAACGGCGCACUUGCGGACGGAGCCUGCGAGUGAUUUGAAGAAGAAAGUGCAGCAAAAGCAGCAGCAGGAACGGGCGAAAGUGGUGGAGAAGGUGAAAGCGGAGGAACAAAAGUCUGCGGAGAUUCUGGAGGCUCAACAACGACUUGCCGAAAUGUCGUUACAAAGCAGGGAGGGUGACGGUGAUGCAAAGGAGGAGGUUGAUGGUGAUGACGACGAGGGUGCGUGGGAACAACCGCAGGCGGUUGGAGACGAGGUAGAGGAGACGUCAGACGAGGAGGACGAGGAAGCGGAGGAGGAAACACAGCAAGCCGCAGCUGAUAAUGAUGACAAUGAGGGAUGGACUACAGCGACUCGCCGUUCGCGCCGCCAUCACGACGCACUCCCUGACCUCGGCGACGAGGAAGGUUGGAUUACUCCGAACAACAUAAAGAAAAUCAAGCAAUCCGACGCGACAGGAAGCUCCAAGAAGAACAAGCGGCGAAGGAACAGAAAGAAGGCUCCUCAAGUCCUUCCCGUUGCCUGUAUAUCAGCGGAUUUCGCGAUGCAGAACGUGUUGUUGCAAAUGGGUCUGAAGCUGCUGUCCGUUGAUGGAGUCGUCAUUGAUCGCGUGAAGAACUUUGUGUUGAGGUGCCAUGCUUGUUACAAAGUGACGACAGAUAUGGAAAAGAAGUUUUGCCCAUCAUGCGGGAACAGCAGUCUGAUCCGAACAACAGUCGGUGUGGACGCUCGUACAGGCGAAGUUACCUACUAUCUCAAGAAGAACUUCCAGUACAAUACCCGAGGAACGAAGUACAACAUCCCUCCCCCAAAAGGCGGGCGCCGCAACAACGACAUGCUUCUCCGCGAAGACCAGCGCGAAUACCAACGCGCGGCCAACUUUGCUCGCCGCCGUGCCGCCAAAGAGGCCGCCGCCGCAUCCUCCGACGUCUUCUCGCCUGACUUUACGACCGGCAGCUUGCUCAUGGGCGGUGCCGCGGAUACUAACAAGUUUGGAAACUUCCAGUCGGGUGCUAUGCCUGUCAUUGGUCAUGGCCGGAAAAACGUUAAUGAGGUCAGGGGCAAGGGCAAGAAGAGGCGUUAG